AUGCUACGGGACAUGGAACAAUCAAUGAUGCAAACCUACCGAUAUCAAGGCCCAAAGGUCCAGGAAACAUGGGCUGUGGCGUCAGAGAAAGACUAUUACCUGAAAGCGCCAGGCUUAACCGAUUUCCUCUACUCAGAGCUAGAGGAUGGUAUUCAACGUGAGCUUGAAGUGUGUGAAGUGCUUCGCAGACAUCCACGCCCAAAUAUUGCUACUUAUUACGGCUGUCGGGGGGAGAAUGGUCGGGCUACUGGUAUUUGCUUCAAACGAUACAAGGAAACAUUGUCAGGGAAGGUCAAUCGUGAAUACCUGAACAAGAACAAGUUCCGGGCUAGUGGUCUUGAGCAUGUCGAUGAUUCUCUCAAAGAGAAUUUGCGCGGGGUUCUAGCGGGAAUCAAUCACCUCCAUUCUCUUGGCCUUGUGAAUAAUGAUAUCAAUCCGUCCAAUAUCAUGCUGGAUGAGGAUGGUGUCCCUGUGAUUGUUGAUUUUGGGAGUUGUCGGAAGACAAGGGUAUCAUUAGAGAACAGCGCAGUAAGACAGACAAACGGGUGGUAUGAUCCAGAGAACAGGCUUUUUUUGGAGAAGAAUGACCUAGAUGCCUUUGAAGAGUUGAAGACUUGGCUGUUUGGCUCUGUCGAUGAUGAAUAA